UUUAAGGGAAACCAAACAAUGCACUUGUGUACAAAAUGAUAGAUACACACUUACAUACAAGCAUUACAUGCACACAGCAGACAUACAUUCAUAUAUAUACAUACACAUAUACACAUACAUAAGCAUUUCUUGGAGGGUGUGUUUGGUGUUUUGGUCUAAUAAUAAUUUAUCGAAAUCCCAUUAUGGAUCAUUAACUCCCAUUAUAUUUCUUGGAUCUGCAUAAAGAAAAAAAACCCAUUUAUUUUGAAGCUCAAAACAGACUGAAAAAAGAUUCAAUCUUGGUAAGUUAAAAAACGCCAUGGGAAUGUUCAGAGGUUUGUGGGAUGAGUUCUUGAUUAACGAUAUCAAAAGUUGCAUUUUCAAAAUGAAAUUUUCUCCAUAGCAAAGACUUUUACGAGCGCUUAAAACCAGAAACAACCUUCCGACAAAAUGGGAAACGACUUCUAACAAAAGGAAAAAAAAUGGAUCCACAGGCAUUCAUUAGGCUAUCGAUCGGUUAUCUAGGACUACGAGCAAAAUCGAGUACUCACACACUCACUCCUCCAUGUGUGUGUGAAAUACGUCUCCGCGGUUUCCCAAUUCAGAAAAUGCAAAUCCCUAUAAUACCCUCUUCCGAGACGAAUCCCGAUUAUCACAGCAUUGCCUCGAGCUUUUACCUUCAAGAAUCGGACUUGAAAUCACUUUUGACACCGAAAUGCUUCUAUGCCUCGACAGCUUGUCUGGAAAUAGCAAUUUUUAGUGGUCGAAAGAGCACACACUGUGGUGUUGGUGUGAAAAGGCAGCAAAUCGGGACCUUUAAGUUGGAUGUGAGCCCCGAAUGGUGUGAGGGAAAAUCAAUCGUUCUUUUCGAAGGAUGGAGUGGCAUUAGCAAAAACAGGGGCCAAACGGGAAUUGGAGUAGAUUUUCACUUGAGGGUGAAGCUUGAGCCUGAUCCGAGAUACGUUUUUCGGUUCGAAGAUGAGACGAAGUUGAGCCCGCAAAUUGUGCAGCUGCAGGGCUCGACAAAGCAGCCUAUUUUCAGCUGCAAGUUUAGUGGUGACAGGGGUUCGGAAGGAGAUCCACUAAUAAGCACAUUCCGAUCAAAUUCCAGCAACGGGUCCCACACGGAUGCGGAAAGAAGAGAGAGAAAGGGGUGGAAAGUAAAAAUACACGAUCUCUCCGGCUCAGCCAUUGCUGCCGCCUUCAUAACGACCCCAUUUGUUCCAUCAACUGGCUGUGAUUGGGUGUCCAAAUCCAACCCCGGAGCCUGGCUCAUCGUCCAUCCCGACCCCUACCGGCCCCACAGCUGGCAGCCAUGGGGCAAGCUCGAAGCCUGGCGGCAGCGGAGCGGGACCGCCAGGGAAGAUUCCAUUUUCCUCCGGUUCCACCUCUUGUCCGACGGGAAUAAAGAACUACUCAUGUCUGAGGUCUCAAUCAAUGCCGAAAAGGGAGGCGAGUUCUUGAUAGAUACCGAUCGUCCGGCGGAGGAGGGGGCGGAGGCCCCCGUGGGCUCCACGGAGGUGGUGGGGUUUGUGAUGAGCUUUCGCAUGAGGGGUGGAGGGAAGUGUAGCGAGCCGGUGGUACAGCUGGCGGUGAAGCACGUGACGUGCGUGGAGGAUGCGGCUAUUUUUAUGGCUCUAGCGGCUGCUGUUGAUCUUAGUGUGGAGGCGUGUAGACCUUUCCGUCGGGGGGUUCGAAAGGGUAAUCGACAUUGUUGGUGAGAUGUGUGUGUAUGUGUGUGUAAGUGAUGGCUGUAUAAUACACAUGUACAUAUAACAUAUGUAUAUAUAUAUAUUUAUUCUCAGACCAUAGAAGGUCCACCCUAAGCUAUCUUGUCAUUGUUGUAAGAAUUGACAUUUUUGUACAGAAAUAAUUUGAUUUGGA